GUCGCCUGACCACAAUGGGCGCAAUGGCGCGGCCGGGCGUGUAGGCCGAUGUUCAGCAAGCAGCACUUCAGGCCCGCGGGCUUGCUGGCAGGGAUCGGGGCGGCCUCGGGAGCCUUGGGUAUUUACUACUUGUGGAGGCAGCAGAGGGGCUCCAUCCUCUUGGAAGCCCUGGAGGAGGGGGAAGACGUGGUCCAGCCAAGUGGGCAGAAGCAGACCUCCACCCUGGCAGAUGCCCAGGAGCCCCCCAGCGGGGUCUCAGAGGAGCAGGCCGAAAUCCGGUGGCACCUCGAUUCCAUCCAGAGCUGCCUGGACGGUCUGAGGGAAGAGGUGACCUCCCUGAAGGAGUGCAUCCAAGGCUUCGUGGGGAAGCAGAUUAGCGGGAAGAAGCACAAGAGUGCCAGGAGGAAGAAGAGGAGAUACGAAUCCAGGAGAGACAGCGAUGAUUCUGCAGAGUCUCUCUCCAUCUACUUCACAGCAAAUGCUGAGAAAACCUCAGACAGUGAGGCUGAAGCAGGUCAAACAGAAAUCCCUGCAGGAUCGGACUGCUCUAUGCUCGCAUUUGCAACUGCAGCUCUCACAGAGGACAGGGUUGCCCUGGAUGCUGACCCUUUACCUCUUCAGCUUCAAGAGGAAAUUGGUCAUGCAAUGGCAACGAAUGAAACAGAAAUGGAAAAGGAUGAAGAAGAGGUCAACGACUUGGUACAGGUUCUGAAUUUCUCCCCUCUACUGGAGCAUGAGGCCAACUCCAUACAGUGCCUGCAACCACCUGAAGGUGAUAAAAGUGAAAUUACCUCCCUGCUGCAUGAAAUCGACAGGUUGCAUGACGGAACCAAGGAAGAACAAGAGCAAGGAUUCAAAGUCCUCUUGGACUAUAAAAACAAGUACGGCAAGAGAAAAGAGUUCUGCUGGCGGAUGAUUCGUGCCUAUAGUGACAUGUUCCAGCUGACAGAAGAUAAAGAAACUCAGAACUGCUAUGCUUUGGCAGGAAGAGAUGAAGGGAUGGCCAGCCUGAAGGAGCAUGAGGAUUCUAUAGAAUGCCAAAUCUGGCUUGCAAUUGUGAGUGGGUAUGUGGAAGACCAGGAAGUGGAUGACAGGUCUGAAGAAAAUGAAGAGCUCAAGGAGAUAGAAGAUGGCGUGCUUGAUGAACCUUCUAACAGUUUAGACCCCAGGAGUAUUCCUGCCAUGGAAUCAGUUGUACAUUUUGAACAGCAUGAUAGCUCUGACAACAUGAACUCAGCUCCUGAUAUUGUCCACUAUGAUGACAUGCCUGAAAUAACUGAGAUCUCAGACAAACAGCAUCCUAUGUUACAGGACACGCAGUCACAAUGUGAAAGUAAUGUUUUGUUUGAAGUGUUUAACAGUUGUGACACUGGUUACUCUCGGCUUGGCACCAGCUCUGUCACUGAUUCGACUGAGUUGACAGAAGUAGAAGACAGAAACAAAGAGCAGGACAGGAAGGCACUAGAUGAAGCUAAUAUGAUGGUCGAAUUCAUUGAUGGGGAAGACCAUCACCGCACAAGAGGUGGUGAUAGCUACAGGAAAGAAAGGCAGCAUAAUCACUCCUUUAUACCCAGUUACCACAUCAUGUUCAGAAAUGAGUGCCUCCUUGAUGCCCCUGACAGUGUGAAGACACUAGCCAUGGACAGUGAUCAUGAUCAGGAUGAAGCUGAUGAGGUCAGAGAUGUGUAGUAUUGAACUGUCAGUGUCCAGCGUGCCAAUACAACCAGCGACUGACUGCUUGAGGGACCAGGAGCUGCCGGCACCAUAAACCUUCCUACAGCAA